CAGCCAGGUGACAUCCUGUAACAACAGCCCCCACGUUUGAGCAAAAGAGUCUCUGAUAGAGCGCCAGGUUGCUACUUGAUCGCUUUGAUUGGAACGUCAACAAUUCGGCAUCGGGCCAAGCUCCUAAGCGCCAUCACGACGAGGAAAAAGGUGACGGCGCUCAUGGCCUUUGUCCAGACCGGUUUAAUUUCCACCGUUUAGUCGCCAGCUUGUGUCACGGCCGUCGGGCCCUUGUUCGAGUCCAGGCGGGGCCGCAUAGGUGCCUUUGACGUGUUUGUGAUCGCAGCCCCUUUAUGACUAAACUCCAGCACGCGCAAAGUACAAGCCUCUAAAACACAGUCUCUGCAUUAUGUGCAAAGGGUUGCUUGUUUACACUCGGGAAAUGAGCACAAUCCGCAGGCGACAACGGCGACAUGAACGUGGACAACUUUCAGCCUUUUCAAUUCGUGCCAGCUAAAAUCCAAACCGUGACGGAUAAAAGAAACUUCACCCCCUUUAUGGAAGGCUGCGUGCUGUUGAAACCUGACAAAAAGACCGUCAGAAACCGAGCCACGCCCGUGAGAAAGUUUUGCGGGACCCUUUCCAUUGUUGGUGAAUCCAAACAGCCAGCGUUGGAAGUGGCGCAGACCGCCGGGACGUCCCAGAAGGUGGCGCCGGUCAAAAGAACCAAGUGCCAACCCACCCCGAAACAGGAGACGGUCUCCAAGGUGCCCAAAGUGGAAGCCGCUGCUGCGCCGGCGAAUGUACCGCAGGUUAAAAGGACUAGUAAACGUAAAGCGGCAAUUAAACAAGAGUCGCCCCCGCUUGCUAAGGAGCAACGCGUGGACAAGGUUGAGGUCUCAGCCCAGCCGACGCCGGCCAAAAGGCCCAGACGCAAGUCCAACACCAAACAGGAUCCCCUGGCCAAAGAACCCACCACCGAAUUAUCCGUCAAGGCCCUGCUAGCUAAAGUUCUGAACACCAAAUACAGCGCUAAACCCGAAGUGGCCGUUGGGCCCAAGAAGCCGCAGGUGGAAGUGACCGAAGUGUCCGUUAAAGCUCUGCUAACCAAACUGACCACCAAGAGAAAGUCCAGCACCAAAGCAGAAGCCCAGAAGCAAAGCAAACAGACCAUUAAGACCACCCCCCAGAAAGCCCCUGUCGCCCUCCCGACCGCAUGCCCAUGCUGCCCGGCUGCCUUACAACAGCCUGACACUACCAGAGCCUUGUUCGCGCAGAAGUAUCAGCAGCUGGAGAAGCUCGGGGAAGGGGGCUUUGGAUCCGUCUAUGCUGGUUACAGGAAAAGUGACUGUUUUCCUGUGGCUAUAAAAUACAUCCCCAUUGAAAAAGUGGAGAGCGUCUUUUUGUACAUAAAUGGAAAGAUCCAGAAGGUUCCCUUAGAAGCUUGGCUCAUGCUCCAAGCGUCCUCAUUAAAGAACGCGGAUGGGUCCUCGGCAGUAGUCCUCCUGUUGGACACGUAUGACAUGGAAAAGGAGCUGGUUCUAGUCAUGGAGAGACCGGUACCAUCUGUGGACCUCUUCACGUUCAGAACGAAAUACAAACUUGGGCCCUUGGAGGAGUAUGAAGCAAGGAACAUAAUGAAGCAGCUGGUGGACGCUGCCAUCAAAAUGCACGCCGUCAACGUCUUCCAUCGGGACCUGAAGCAGAGGAACAUCCUUCUGGAGGCCACCUUUAGUCUCCCCAGAGUGCGCCUGAUAGAUUUCGGCUGCAGCUGCUUCGUAAACGAAGAGCCGUAUCGAGAAUAUGCCGGAACCUUACGGUACGCCCCACCAGAAUACGUCUUCAAGCGGCCGUACAAGGCCGGCCCGGCCACUGUAUGGCAACUGGGGGCACUGCUCUUUGAGUUGUUGGAUGGAACCGAACGGUUUGACACCCUAAUGUUCCUUUUCAAGGGGCUCACGUUGAACCGGGUGCUGUCACAAGAUUGCAAAGACUUCUUAUGGAUCUGCUUGACAUCAGACAUGGAUCAGCGAGCCACUCUGGAGCAGAUGCAGUGGCACCCUUGGCUCCUUUGAUUCCACCCACACAAAAACAACCUCAGAUGAAGAAUAAUGACU